CAUCCUCAACACCAACAAUUGUUGUAUGCAGAUAGCCCGUUGAGUGGUUCUCCUCAACAAUAUUUAGAUUCUUCAAUGGCAAAAUAUGAUUAUUCAUACAUUGAUGAUUCUAACUCAUUCGAUGGCAGUCCUGUAUCCACUGCAACCACAACAUUUGUAAAUACUCACACUCCAAUGACAACAUCUGGUGGCAUGAUUGACUUUAGUGUAUUUGAUUCUUCAAAUCCUCCCGCGCCGGGAGAAGCCAUGAACUAUCUUGAUAUGGGUGACUAUAUCGAAGCUUUUGACCAAUAUGAAAGCAUGGCUUCCCUUAACUAUAUCUCGGCGGCUGAUGAACAGUUUAUCCGAAAUCAACAAUUCGUGAAACUCGAUUAUUAA